AUGCACAUAUCCCACGGAGGAGCGACCGAAGAGGUAGGCGAUCACGAUUUGCCGUGUGCCCGCAUCCCGCAUGGGCGGCCUUUUCUGCGCAAGUAUUGGGAUGAGGACUACGUUGCCAGCCUGGAGAACCAGGUCAAGACCCUCCUGGCCGCGCUGGACGCCAAGAAUGCCGGAAGAUCUGUUCCAAAUGGUGACUCUGUGGACCAGCCGGCUCCGAAAGGCGAGCUCAGCUCCACCGUCCUCACUGCUCCCGUACAACACGAUGCCGGCGUUGCCGGAGAUCCGGGUCCGAAGGCCAAGAACAAGGCCAACUUGGAACCUGAUGCCAGAUCAUUAGCAGCCAUGGAGGAGUUGAGUGUGAUGAUGUGGCGCACCAAUAUUGGCGACGGUGUUACAAUCAUCAACGACUCUGCCGCUGACUCGCAGCACCGAGUGGACACUUCCGCGCAGCCGGGACUGCAAGACUUUAUCACUCCUCCACCAAAUGUUCUGGUCUAUUGUCAAGAUACUGUCCUUAUUCAUGAACUCGCGACUUUGUUUUUGGACAAUAUCAACAGCGAGCAUCAGUUCACUCCGUAUAAGACGACCGAGUUCUUGGCAGGCUACCCCUAUCAAAGCUUUGGCCAGACGUUUCUGCACAGUGCAAUACUGUCCACUGGAGCCAUCUUUUCCACCCGCCCCAAUGCAAAGGAAAUCGCAGAAGCCUUUUCUCAAUUUGCCGAGAGCCUCGUGUUUACCUGCUUUCGUCAAAGUCCAACUUUGCAAGUGGUCCAAGGUCUUUGCAUGAUGUCCUGGCGUUCAUUAGCGCUGGGCCGAGAUCAUUUUGGGUGGAUCUUUAUAUCCAUGGCAGCUGGACUAUCGGUUCACCUUCGACUUCACGUCCUUGCGCUAGAUGAAUGCGAGUCACGGUCAUGGCGGCCGCAUGUCGAAGAUAUACGGACUUUCUGGAUGUUUUAUCUUAUAGACCGGACUGCCAUUUCCAUCCUGGGAAGGAAUUGUGCAUUGCCUUGGCGCCGGGUCAAUGUCCCCAACUUUGAAGCUUCUCUAGAUCCCAAGGCGGCCGACAUAGCACAGAUCUCUUUCAUGUGGCAGUGUAAACUAUGGUUCCUCCACGACGAGCAGAUGGAUCAAAUAUUUACUUCCAAAUUUGAGGCUAUUCCAGCUCAGCAACAGGCGCAUCUGCUUGUUGCUACGCAUGAGGCGCUCAGCAAUUUCUUCAAAUCCCGAGAUCGCCGCCUUGAUCUUCGCGGGCAAGAUACGAGCAGGCACGUGUUGUUCUUCCACAUGGCGUACCAAAUGGCUCUUUUGAUCACCCUACCUCCGUUCCUCCGGUGUUUCGCCAUGUCCAAGGGUAAUCCCCAGACAGAAAACUCUGCCAACCCCAACUACAUCAUCUUGAUCCUGCGGUCCCUCACGGGAGCUGCAUCCAUGAUGAUUCGCUUGGUACGAAUGUAUCGCGAUGCGCACCCAGAACAGUGGAAAACCGCCAAUCCCGUCAUCAUUCACCACCUUCUCAGCGCCGCGAUUGUGUUGUUAAUGAACGCGACUAGUCAGACCACUUCAAUAAAGACGCAGAGCACAAGGUGGUUGAAAGUCUGCAUUGAGCUCUUGGUGAAUCUGAGGACUCCUUGGCCCGACAGAGCCAACAAGACCAUCAAAGUCAUCAGAGUGCUAGCUGACCGCUGGGGUGUCUUGGGGGCGUUGCCUCUCCAAUUCAGCUACCCCGUGGAUGUUACGACGCCACCCGAAGUGAGCAGCACCAGCCAGGAUAGUCCUCCUGCUGUAGGGAUCCUGCCAAGUGCUGUACCCUCCACUCAACCAUUCCAGCCUAACCCUUACUCGGUCCCUGCAUUUAGUGGUAAUGAUAUGAGUUCCAUGGGCACAUACUCGAAUUUUGACUUUACUGUACCCACGACUAUAAGUUUUGGCGUCGAAGCCCAACAACAAUUCGAUGACAUUUUCGCAGAUAACGGUGGUAAUUGGCUUUUCGGCGGCGAACAAGAUCCCGGAUUGACUUAUUGGAAUGGGAAUGCAGGUAGUUAUUAA